AUGAAUAAUAAUAAUAAUUUCGAUUUUAUAGAAGUCAAUACAAAUUCUAUUGGAGGAAAUUAUAGUAGUAGUAGUAGUAGUUAUAAUAAUAAUAAUUAUACUAGUAGUAAUAAUAAUAAUAAUAAUAACUAUGGAAAUUAUAACUAUAAUAAUAAUAAUAUAACAAAUAUACCAAUUGAAGGUGGAUUACAAGGAUAUGGUAGACCAGAUGAAUCAGAGGAUCAAAUUUUAUUUAGAUUACCAUUACAUUUAGCCGAUCAAGUUAGAAAUAUGAUUAAACAAAAACAAAUGGAUAUUCCAGUUGAUUUUCAUUUUAAAAAUGAUAGACAAAUUCAAAUUAAAUUUGGUGAUCAAGAAUAUAAUGCAAACUUGGUUGAUUUACCAUGUAUUGUUGAAUCUCAUAAAACAUUUGAUAGAGUAAACUUUUAUAAAACUGCUGAUAUCGGUCAAAUGAUAAUUGUAAAUGAUAAUCCACCACCACCACCACCACCACCACCUCCACCAACACAAUCUGACCAAGAUGAUUUAAUGGAUACUUCUAAUAAUAAUAAUACAACUACAACUACAACCACAACCACAACGACACCAUUACCAAAUACAGCGGCACCAAAUACAAUAAAUAAUAUAUUACAAACAGGUUUAACAGCAGCAACAAAAGAUAUAGUAAAAAGAAAGUUUAAAACAUAUAAUAGGGAUAAAAUUACGGAAUUAGCAAAGAUUGAAGAGGAAUUAGUUAGAUUAAUUAAACCAGGUUAUGCAGAUUCAGAAGAGAUUGAAUUUGUAUCAUUGGCAGAUUUAAAGGAUAAAUAUGGUAAUGACUUAUUUGGUCAAAAUUCAAAAGAACCCGUUAUUUUUGAAGAGAAAGCUGAUGAUCAAAUCGUUAUUGAAGAUAUGGAUAGUAAUGAUGAAUCUGGUUUAGAUGAUAAUGAAAUUGAAAAUCAAAUUAGAACUCUAAAAGUUAAAUCUACAAAUAAUUAUCAAUCAUUUGGUAAUAAUAAUAAUAAUAAUAGUUAUAAUAAUAGAAAUAGGAAUAAUAAUUUUAAUAAUAAUAAUAAUAUGAAUAUGAUUAAUUUGGAUGAUGAAUUUAGUGAUGAUGAUAGAUUAACUCGUUUCAGUGGAAGUAAACCAAUUUCAAUGUCUGAUAGAUCACCUUUAGAUAAAGAAAGAUCUCCAAAUAGUUCAAAGAGAGAUAGAAGAUCAAGAAGUGAUAGAAGUAGUAGUAGUAGUAGCAGCAGUAAUAGUAGAACAUUCAGUAGUAACUUUGUAAAUACUCAAAAUCAAAAUCAAAAUCAACAACAACAACAACAACAACAGCAGCAAUCUCAACAACAACAACAACAGCAAUCUCAACAACAACAACAACAACAAUCAUUACAAUCAUCAACACAAUCAAUUCAACCAAUUAAUAGUAGUAAUAGUAUUGGUGGUAUGGGUAGUUCAACUGGUAGUACACCAACUAGUUUGAAAAUUAAAUUUCCAAUACCUUCUUCUCCUGCUACUGUGGAUUCAUCAUUUAAAUCUCCUGAUGAUCUUUCAAAAAGUAUUGGUAGUAGUGGUAUUAAUAUUAAUGUUGGUGGUGUACCUUCUUCACCUUUACAACAACCAACAACACCAACACAACAACAAUCACAACUACCACCACAACAACAACCACAACCAACUUCACCAAGAUCUCAUGAAGAAAGGAAAAAACAUAGAAGUGAAAGAAGAGAACAUAGAGACAGAGAACAUAGAGAUAGGGGUGACAGAGAACACAGAGAUAGAGGUGACAGAGAACACAGAGAUAGAGGUGAUAGAGAAGGUAGAGAUGGAGAGCACAGGGAACAUAAAAAGAGAAGAAGAGAACAUAGAGAACACAGAGAUAGAGAUAGAGAUAGAGAUUAUCAAAAUAAUCAAAAUCUAACUGACCCAUCACAACCAAUCCAAAUAGAUAAUAAUAAUAAUAACAAUAAUAAUAAUAACAAUAAUAAUAAUACCAAUAACAAUAACAAUAACAAUAACAAUAACAAUAACAAUAACAAUAACAAUAACAAUAGGCCAACAGCAACAAGAUUUACCAAAUCAAAAUUUAAAUUCAAGUGCGUCAUCAUUAUCUAA